ACUGCCAUUCACUACUCACCCUCUGUUUUAUUAUUAGCUCACUUGGAUCCGGCAGCAGUGGGGGUUUUUUUUUUCUUCUUCUCAGCAGUAGUGACUUUUUGCAUUGCGCAACCGAGUAGCUGCACAUAUCUGGAUCUCAGGUAAAGGUGUGGGGCGUACGGCAGAGAGGAGAGGACUGGUCGAUGGAGGCUGCUACAUUAGGUCAGGUGGGACUCAACUGAUGGGCCCUUUAAUUUAAAAUCCACGCCGUCGUUAACACCGCGCACCGAGGCGCUGCUCUCGUUUUUUUUCGCGUCCCAAAUGUUCAAGACGGCCAAUUACCCGACGGUGGAUCCUGCGCCCACCAUCAUGCACGGCACUUGGUUUACAACGGGGUGCCGAGAAAACGCGCCCGUAGCGGUGGAGAAACCUAAGAAAAAAGCGUUCAGCCUGGUCAAAAUAAUGUCUCUUAGCAACAAGAAAGGGCACGGCCAGCAUCCGCACCACAACAACAACAUGCCCUUUACGAUCCAUUGUCACAUCGGGAAAGAGAUAAAGCACAUUUGCAGCAAUUGCAGUCGCGGGAACGACACGCAGGACGCUGAAGAAGUAGAGAGGCUGGCCGCUAUGCGUUCUGAGUCCUUGGUCUCUGGUACCCACACUCCACCCAUCCGUCGUCGGAGCAAGUUUGCCACCCUGGGACGCCUCCUCAAGCCCUGGAAAUGGAGGAAGAAGAAGAGUGAGAAGUUCAAGCAGACUUCUGCUGCUUUGGAGAGGAAGAUGUCCAUGCGACAGAGCAGAGAUGAGUUGAUCAAGAGAGGAGUGCUGAAAGAGAUCUUUGAAAAAGCAACCGUUGAAUUUCGAUCCUCGAUGGACAGCGGAGUCUGCACUCAGGAGCCCUCUAUUAAGUCGUCUAUGGUCCUGACCACCAAGAAAUCUGUCACCUACCCUGGUGACCUUCAGGAUACCCCCCUCAAGCCGCCACUGUACCACAAACAGCCUCCUGCUCUUCCUCCAAAGCCUUUCUCUAGGAUCCCAAACCAUAGCACAGAUUCUUGCCAGCCAAUGAAGUUGCCCUGUAUGCCCGGCGGAAAACACUCUCCACCUCUGCCUCCCAAGAAAGUGAUGAUUUGUGUGCCUCCAGGGGGGCUGGACUCUACGUCCCCUUCCCCGUCCCCCAAUCCCCUCAGCGUUCUCUCCCAAAAGUGCGCACCUUCCCAAGGAAUGUCCCUUCACCACGGCACCCUGCUGCCCUCUCAGCUCGCAGGCCUGUCUAGUCUCCACCAGAGCCACGGUCAUCCACUCCAGCUUCAGUACGGCAGCUUGCACACGCCCAGCCGCAUCAUCGAGGAGCUCAAUAAAACCCUGGCGCUCUCCAUGCAGAGGUUUGAAAGAUUCUCUCCCUUUUACUGCACUAGCUCUGCACUGCACGGUGUUGGUCAGUGUGUUCCCCUGGACAGAAGAGAAGUCCCAUCUGUGAUCAUCGACUACGAGGACGACAAGGAAAACAUGCCCAACGAGUCUGACUACGAAGAUCUGCCCAGCAUGUAUAAGGAUGAGGAUGAUGACGUGGAUGACGACGAGGACGAUGAGGAAGAUGACGACUCCAUAUUUACAAGUACCCUGGCUCAGAAGGUGCUGAGGAAAGACUCUUUGGCCAUCAAGCUGAGUAACCGUCCAUCCAAAAGAGAGCUGGAAGAGAAAAACAUCUUGCCCAUGCAGACAGAUGAGGAGAGACUGGAGUCUAGGCAGCAGAUAGGCACCAAACUCACAAGGCGCUUGAGUCAGAGACCCACAGCGGAGGAACUGGAACAGAGGAACAUCCUCAAACGAGUGGUACCGUCUGGAAGCCAAAACUCUCGCAAUGAGCAAGAGGAAAUGGAGGAGAAGAGGGAGAUAAAACGAAGGCUAACACGAAAGCUGAGCCAGCGGCCCACUGUGGAGGAGCUGAGACAGGCCAAAAUCCUCAUCCGAUUCAGUGACUACGUGGAGGUGUCAGAUGCCCAGGACUAUGACAGGCGGGCAGAUAAGCCCUGGACCCGGCUCACAGCAGCUGACAAGGCAGCUAUACGGAAGGAACUCAACGAUUUCAAGAGCAAUGAGAUGGAAGUGCACGAGUCAAGUCGCCAUUUAACCAGGUUUCACAGACCAUAGUAGACCACCACUCACUGUCUCGAGCAGUGCCGAACUGGCGCUCUCCUCCACUGAGAACCUUAAGUGCUGGACAGUAAAAUGGUGCCCGUUUCUACAAUAAGGCCAUGUCUUCUGAAAUGCCUUUUCCAAGACCCACACAACUGAGUCGGUACUACGCUCCAAGAUGCAGACACCCCCACUACUCCAUCCACUGUAGUAGCACAUUAUGACUCCAGUUGAUUCACAUCACCCUUCUUAUGGAAUUUGCUCGACCGUCUCUUAAACCUCUCCGCUGAGCUCUCAGGCAGGCGCUCAGUUCUGCUGUGAUUUGACAGUGGGAGAGGUUUUUGUUUGCAAUUGAUUGAUUGAUACUUUUCGACGUCUAACCGAGGGCAACUGUACCUUGUUUCAACAAUAACACCCAGUGGACUUGUCUCAGUGGACUUGUUUUUAUCCCUCUUCUUUAUUAUGCUGUCACUCCGGACUCCUCUAGCCCGUAUGGACAACUCAUGCAAGGAUGCAGGGUUGACUGUGAUCAGGAGCUCCAUCUUAACUCCACCUGCAGGGACUUAAUGGUUUAGAAAGACACACAGGAGGUGAGGAAGGGGGGGUUCAACGUUAAAAUCAUGUGCAAUAUGUUUUUCUUCUGCUUUUCCUAGGCUAUAGCACCCCCUAGAGUCUCCUCUGUGUCAUUACUAUGUAGUCCUGACUUUUUCUUCCUCCCUCGUAUGUGCAAUUCUCACUGUACCGACAAUGUUGACAUCUAAAUGCUAACUGUGAAUUUGAGAGUUUGGGCAAAUGCCUGUGCUCUCUCUCCAAAAUGUACAUUUUGUUUAUAGUGAGAAAGGAAAGUUGCAUUUAAAGAAGAAUCAUGCUUGACCAAGUUUCAUGUCACACUCUUAUAAAUUAAAUGUAAAAAUUGCAGCUGGCAGAUAAAUUCUGGUUCCAGUUUGUUGCAACAAUUAUCUGUUUUAUAUAUUUUUCUUUUGUUUUUUGAUAGAGGCACUUGGAUCAUAAGUGAUUAAUUUACAUGUUUUUACAUGUCCCAGCUUGAGAGCUGGCUCACCGCAUUGUUCUUUGACGAUUUUUUGUUUUUGUUUGCAGCAGUGUGCUCUUUCUGUGAUCUUUGCUCAUAAUGCAUUGUAUUAUACACUUUACUUUUAUACUCAUACGCUUUUGACCAAGCAAUAUCUGUUGUUUGUAGAGAAAAAGGUUAAACUACAGGUGUACUCCCCACCAUUUUUUUUACUGAGCUUCUACAAUAUGCCUCACUUCAGGGUUUUAUCUUUCUUUUAUACUUUACUUUGGCAAGGCUUUAUUCAGGAGGACUUUUUCUGCUUUUUUUUGUGUUUUUUUUCUCUCUGCUGAGUCACCAAAAACAUCUUUAACAGCUUACCAACGCAUUUGGACAAGAUUUGAUUUCUCAAAUCUAUAAUUGAACAUGAUGAUGCAUUCUCAAUUUUGAAAUAUGACUACAGAUUUUAAUGAAUUCACUGAGUCAGGAUUUUUAAAGGAAUUUUUAUUGCUAAAAUUCUUUGCACUGUUAAGAGUUUGGCUUUACAACGGUCACUAUUUUAAGGUCAGGGGCCCACAUGUGUAAAAUAUUGUUAGAUUUCUGAUCGGUGACCAAUUUGUUUCUUCACUUCACAAACGAAAUGUUUUGUUACUUGAUCACUGAUCCUACACCAGUAUUCCAAUGCUCAUAAGCUUUAUGUACACAGAAUAUUUUUAUUAUUUUUUACUGUAUUACUUUUAAAGUUGCAAUAUGAAAUUCUUGAUUGUCAGAUGAAGAAAAAUAGUAGAGGUGAUAGGCUGUCGGCCGCCUACUAUAAUGCAUCUGUCUGCAAAGGAAAAUGUGCUCUUCCUUAUUUUCAAGGUCUCUCAGUGAUGAUAGAUGGCCCAAUAUAACCUGGGAACCAAUAACAUAGAAAAUUGUUUUGCACUUUAUGGCUUUUGUGUAAAAUAAUAGGGUUUCCUCCUCAGAAUCAGUACACAGGUCUCAUUACAUUUUUCUUUAAAAAAAUAAAUAAAAUAAACUUCAUUGGGUCAUCUAGUCUCAGAGACAUUGAAAUAUGAGGGGUUUCUUUUGUUAGAACUAGCUUCUGUAUGAUUCCAGCAUCAUGCCAUUAUUUGAAAUUUUCCAUCCAUAGGUUCAGUACAAUAGAGCAUACAUAGGAAUGAAUUUAUACAAAUACGCUCCAGUUCUCAUUUCAGCUCUAAGAAACAAACCUGAGCCACUGGGCUGAGCAUGAGGUUUUUUCCAUUUCGCUGGAAUCAAGGAACAUGAAUUCAGCAAUAAUCUGUUUCCUUUUACAUGUUGGCGAAGCAACUGAACAAAUUUGGAAGUGUUCCUUUUUUCAUUUUUGAAAUACAGAAUACCAUGUAAAGGAUACAUCAUGCCAAUUAAAUUCCAUUUCUGAAUGCA